AUGCUAGCCGAGGCGGAUGGCAAGGUCCCCCAUGGAAGCGACAGCUCUAUGAGGACAAGUGGAGCUCAGAACAUUCUCAAUCCGGACUCGUCGAUCUUAAUAUCCAAGAUGGAAGACGUGGUCAUUCCGUUCUCGUCAGAGGUGCCCUGCGACAAUAAUGGGCAGCGCAUGUGGUGGGCAUUCCUCGCCUCGUCCAUGGUGACGUUCUUCGGGGGGCUUUUCAUCAUACUGCUGUGGCGGACGCUCAAGUACAUGUGGACCGUGUGCUGUCACUGCAACAUCAAGAGCAAGGUAAGGAUGGGAUGGGAGACCAGGCGAGACAGGGGGGAGAGGGACCACCUGGGCCCAUGUGGGUGA